UCUAAAGAAGAACCGCGGGUUUUUCUUUCUUCUCUGUUUACAAGUUAAUAAUUUGAGAAAUUAAAGUUCUUAGAACAAUAUGUUUAUUUUAUCAUAUUUAAAUAAUCGACAGCUUGGCUUGAGUCAAAGAGGUUUAUGUGUUUCUAAUUUCCAACUAAAUUUAGAUAAUUUAUUAUCAAAGUUAGUUUGUCUGCAAGCUGAUGUAUUUGACUCGCAGGGAACGAUAGGAAUGCCUGUGCCUCCAUUUGCUUGCAAAUUUAGGAAAGCUCAGGACUUAGAUUUGCUAGCUGUUGCUACUGAAGAAGGCAACAUACUUUUAAUUGAUACAGAAUAUAGGAAUGAAGUCAUUAAAUCAUUUGUUGCUCAUCAUAAUGCCAUUUUUGACAUUUGCUGGCUGCCUACCAAAGAUGCAGUCAUCACAGGUGCUGGAGAUUUCUUGUGCCGUUUAUUUGAUACUUCUACUUGUCAGUUGAUUUCAUCUUACAAAGGACAUACAGCCACUGUUAGAAGUGUAGAUGUAUGUAAUACACAAAAUGCAAUAUUUGCUAGUGGAUCAAGGGAUGGCAAUAUAAGUGUCUGGGACAGAAGAGAAAGAAGUGGGAAAAAUUGUGACAAACCAUCUAUUUUAAUCCAGUCAGCACACAGUCUCAAGCACGUGAGCUGUAGUUCCAAAAGAAACUCUAUGUCCUUAGAUAAUUCUAAAAGCAGUGUUUCUGCUGUGGCUUUUCAAGAGGAAUAUAAACUUGCUUCUGUUGGUGUUGGGGAUGGCCUUGUAAAAGUGUGGGAUCUAAGAAAAACGUAUGUUAGUAAUCCUACUCGCCUUCAUACGCCACGUUACCAGUUAAAGUAUAGUAAUGACAAGAAUACACAUGGUUGCACAAGCUUAGUUUUUGAUUCUUUGUACAAGAAGCUGUAUUGUUGUGGAACAGCCAAUCUAAUAUACCAGUUUGACUUUCACUCAUACAGCAAUGAAGUUGUCACAUACUGUGGAUUUAAAUGCAACUCCUAUUACGUGAAGUUAGCUAUCAGCCCUGAUGACCAAUAUUUAAUAUGUGGUUCCAGUGAUAACAGAGCUUAUAUUUGGAAAACUAGCGUACCAGGAUCUCCAAUAUUAGCAUUGCCAGGCCAUUCGGCUGAAGUUACUUCUGUAGCUUGGAGCCCCUUCAAUGCUACUAAGCUUGUAACUUCUGGAGAUGAUAAUAAGAUAUUUCUAUGGAAUGUAAUGAAAAACCAAGAAGAAAACAUUCAUGUCAAUGAUAAUAAUGUUGAAGCAUCAGCAAAAAUCUAUACUAAAGAAGAAGACAUAUCCCCCUCUAAGCAUGCUAUUCAGUCAACUGAAUCUACAAAAAGGAUGAGUACAACUCUUCCAUCUCCAAGAGUUGAAUCUGGACAAAAUAUGAAGUCAAUCAAGAGCUUUUUUUCGCCAGUUACACAACCUGUGUCUCAGUCUGCUACAAACAAAGAUAGUCUACAGAUCACUUCCCCAUCCUCUAGUCACACUGAUCCCAGUAAGUGUGGGACUCCUGUUGCUUCCAAUCAGCCAAGAUCCCCUUGUAAGUUAAAGAAUGACAGUGAUGUGCCAGGGUCAAACAUGACCUCACCUUCCCCUACCAAGUCUACUCCUCAUGGUAAAGAAAAUAGUAUGGUGAAAAUGGCAACUAUGGACUCUAAUUCUAUUACUAAGAGUAAUGGACAGUCAAAAAGAAAAGCUUCGGAACCAAACAGAAUCUGCAGGUAUCAUCCUCGAGGUUGUGGAAGAACAAGAGGGCACACCAGAUGUGGGAAGAAAAUUGUCAUCCGACCUAGCCCACAUAAUAUAAAAGCAUACUUUAGCCCAGCGUCAGGAGAAUAAUUAAAUCAUUCGUACUUUGUAUAUAACAAAUAUAUAUAUUUAAUAUAUGCCCAUCUCUCCUUAUUUACAUGCAGGUUAAUAAUCCUGCAUGUAUAAUCUCAUUAGAAUAUAUGUAGAAUCAUUUUUGUGAA